CAUGGCGUCUUGGAAAGUUGCUCUGUAUAGUUCUGUUAUAGUCGCUGUGGUAAUUGUGCUCCUCAUUCUCAACUUUGACUACCUACCCAAAAGAAAACGAGCAGAAGAUUUCCUUCUAUCGAGGAGUAGUCAAAUUGGUCUUGAAUUGUCAACAAUUUUCCCGACUACUUCUGAAAACCCAAAGGAAGACGAGGAGUUGACAUURAAAGAUUUUGAGACAAAAACGUGGAAUUGUAAAUCAAUGAAUACAUCAUUUGAGCAUGUGAGAGUAAAUAAAAGCCACUCUAUUUGCUACAAUGAAAAGAAAGAUCCACUGAUGUGCUUUACAGAUCCAGUCCACUGCAAACAAAAGUUGACAAAUUAUGACACAAGACCUGUGCACUGGCCCAAAUAUGGAGAGUAUACCUACCUACCCAAGUCUAAAUGGAAAUAUGUUCUUGUGCAUGGUGGGGUUCUGUUCUUGUAUCAUCCAUGUGCAUCCAAUGAGCUAGUGAAGAAGAUCAAGCAUAUUGCAGGAAGUUGUUUGCAUAGACAUGUCAUUACACCCUAUGAAAACCUAGAUCCAGCACAGGAUUUUGCAGUAGUAGCAUGGGGCUGCUUAUAUUCAGCCAAGUAUUUCAAUUCAACUGUGCUUCGUCAGUGGAUCCGUAGCAAUGCUAUGAAGGCUCCAGCAGUACAUGUGGUAAGAACUGGUGGUUCUGGUGAAGGUCUUGUUGAUCCUGCAAGAAUUGUCUCAGAUAGACAUGAAUCAGAGCUCUGUCCCUCUGAGAAGUCAAUGUAUGAACACUCAAUGAAAGACACAAAUGAAGUCAUGAAAAAGCAGGAUGACAGUCCUCAUGAUGAACAGACUCAGAAAAUUGAAGAGCAUGUGUCAAUCAAAGCAUCAGAACGCAUAGUGAUUGUGAGAGGACAAGAUGGCAAGCUUCGUGAACGCCAYAAAUUUGACAGUGUAAAUGCUGCAUGGGCACUUGGCAGCCUUGUGUUCCUGGCUGCGAUACUSGUCAGUGUCAUGUUGUAUGUGAAACCAUGGCGACAGAGAGAUUAUUACUGGUGGAGAACUGAAGACUUAACAUAUGAUAGCAACUCAAAAUUUAGUUUAUUAAAAAGUAAGAAGUUGUUAGGAAGAUGGCGGAAACCCAAAAGAUCAUCCAGCUCAGCACAUGCUAAAUUAUUAGGCGCCAUACCUGAAGAAUCAGAUGAUGAUUUAUAACAUUUUUAAAUUUAUUUAUGCAAUUUAUUAUAAUAGCUAUACAUUUUAUGUACAUACAUCUACAAUGCAAGUAGACAGGAUUGUCAUUAAUUUGGUUUGGGACAUACUGUACUAUGUUAUAUACAUCAAGUGUUAUAUGAUUGUAGCCUCUUUGACGGGCAACUGUCUGUUUUUGAUCUCUCUUCCUUUACUUUGGGUUUCCUGUGUUGCGAGUCCAUGUGAGCAAGAAUACUCAUGGCAGCCAAUGAUUAUAUUAUUGGAAAUUUCACUCACAUGAUAUUGGCUAUUUUCUCUCACUUUAGUUGCACAUCCAUGCGUAACUUUUUAUUGCCUUGCCAUCACUUACCGGUACAUUAUUAGUGGUAGAUGCAGUAUUUUUCAAAACAGGGUCCAGAUUUCUUUGAUUUUAUGAGUACUAAAUAUUGUGUCACUUAAGUUAAAACAUUAAAAAAUAAUGGAUGCAGCCAACCCUGUAGCUCUGCUUCUUUAUCCACUGAUUAUGUCAGUCUGACAACUAGUCUCCUUCGCAACCUCGCCUUAUGUAGGGCUUCCUGUCCCUCCCAAAAGAAGGUUGCGAAGGAGACUAGUCUGACAACAAAAUGUUUUUUUAAAUAAUUUUUAACUUGAAUAGAGCAAGGAUAGAACCAAUGAAAUAAAAUGUAAUAAUAGACUGGAAAUUUAAUUUCCAGUAAAUAUCAACUAGGAGUAUUGGUCCAAUGCUAUUUUGAUACCACUUUAUUACCCUCAGGACCACUCACAUUGUCUAUAUAAUAGACUAAAAAGUAAAAUGUAAUACCUACCUAUAGUUUAAGAGUGGUUUCCAAAUAAACCAGUGAAAUACACUGUGAACUUUGUGUUUA